UGCAGUUACUGGAAAGACAAAACGAUGGGCUUAUUUACUAAGGAGUGUAAUGUGCAAAAAUUGACGCAAAUCCCAAUGACUUUUGUCCAUCGUGCACCUUGCUUUUGCUGCAUCUGCGUCCAUCAGGUGUAACUCUUUAUGACUCCUAGUUGCAGUGCUCCACUAUGGCUUUUCAUCAGAGUGAAGGGCAAGUAAAAUUUUGAUUGUAGGGAGCCAAUGGUCAGCAAACCAUUGAGAAAAGCCGAAAUUAAUACAAGGAUACUAGUAAAUAUUUAUGUUUCCUAAUAACUAAUAAAUCUGUAUUUGAAAGCACAAUGCUUCCAUUUCUGUCCUCUAAAGAUUGUUUUAAUGUGAUGUAGUGUGAUUCAUUGUGUCGCCACACCUUCUUAUUUAUUAGAAUCAUUAUAAGUAGUGGGGUUUAAAUAGCUAGCACUUCUCCAGACUUGAAGUGUCCUCUUCAAGAUCAGAAGCUCUCCCAUCUACUGAUCAGAAUGCUGCAGGCCUAUUCUAGCACAGCUUCAUGGAAUCUACUGUUGUUUCCAAUAUUGGCAUCUUCAUUUUUAGCAUUGUUAUGUAAUGCGGCAUGCAGGAACAAUGAACUCAGCAGGGUAGGACCAGGUAUCACACCAAAUGGCUGUAUGGAUGGGGAUGUGAUGCGACCUUUUAACUCAACGUGGAAUCCGGAACCUUGUAUUGAAUGCAAUUGUACCGAAAGUGGAUUAACCUGCUGUCCGACGCUUAACGUACCUGUAAUUACUUCUGGGGACUGUGAAGUAGUGGUGAAUAGGACUGCCUGUACAUACUUAAUCCGCAAACUGAGUGAUAAAGCUGAAAUGUGUCAGAUGUAUGUAUUGCUAUAGAAGCUACAGUCAUGCCAAAUACAAAUGCUCUUUGUGUAUAAAACAUGUAUAUAAUUGCAAAAGUUUUGAUAUUUUAUGAAAAAGAUAACCUUGGUACAAAAAAAAUAUGCGGGAAAUCAUAAAGCUUGUCAACCAAGUGGGUGUUUGAGAGAAAAGCACUUAUUUAUUUCAGUACAUAAUAGCUAUUGCAUGGUAUUUAAAAGCAUAAACAAAUAAUAAAGCUUUUUCUGUUUUUGUCAUUAUGGAAAUACACAAUCCCUUUUCAUAGUUAUUAUCAUUAUGAAUAAUUUAUCCCCAUUUAUAAUAUGUUAAAUAAUUCAAUGUACUGCAUGUCAGUUUACAUAGAAGAUGCCUAGAACUGGAAAUAACGUAUAAUAAUGUAUAUAAUAGCACACCCCUGAGCCUUUAGUGAGACAACCCAUAUUGUAAUUAAAUGGAACAUCCAAAGCCCAAGUAUCAGCACUUGUAUUGAUUUGGAACUAGUCUCCUUGAACAAUUUAAAAGAAAUCUAGCCCAGUGGAAAAACAAAUCCAUAGUUGUUUUAGUGGUGACAAAAAUAAAAGUAUAUGUAAAGUUAAUCCACCACAGAGGGGGAACUGAGUAUUUAACCAUUUAUUUGAGAUAUGGGUAAUUGUGGUUAGUGGUAGAGCAUGCUGGUAAUAUAAUUGUUAUUACUAACUAUCUAUUUAUUGGACUUAUUAGACUUAAGGCUACAAUAACCACCCCCCACCCCCUUAUGGCCAGGCACUAUGGUUGGCUCUAAAGAUGGAUGUUUAUUACGGUCCAGUAAUAUACACACACUAUUGUGAGCAAGAGAGAAGUUACCAUAUUUGCUUUCAGAGUUCCAUAUGAGAGGGUUAAAUUCGGUAGCAGUCAGUGUUCGGGUUUGCCAUAUAUUUCACUUUAUUAUUCAAUAAAGAUUAAAAUACAAAUAUUAUAUGCAACCUUCAUUAUAGAAGUAAAUACCAUAUUGUUUAUAGAUUUUUUAUGGGCUG